AUGUCAGAUAAGGAGCAGCAAUCUAUCGGUGGUGCUGCUAAUUUCUGGUUGUACUUUCCCCAACUCAACGAAUAUGAUCUCACCCAUCCACCCACCCCCGAAUCCCCCACGGUCUUUCCACGGAUGGAACUAGAAACGACCAAAGCGCGCGUUACCAUUGCUCCGACGAAGACUGCCCUGGUCAUUACUGAUCUACAGAACUAUUUUCUCUCGCCGCUUCUUGGGCGUCCACGUGACGCAGUGGGCAUGAAGGCUGUGGACAAGCUUGUCAAUCUCGCUAUUCCGGCUUGCAGACUGCAAAGAAAGGCUGAGAUACCAAUCGUAUGGCUCAAUUGGGGCUUAACAGAAGACGACAUCGAAGGAAUGCCACCAAGCAUCGCGAAAGGCUUUGCACCCAAUGACAAUUUCGACAGCCCACACCGCAUGGGAGGGCUUGGGUCUGAAGUCGGACCAGUGAAACUUGAAGACGGCUCUAUCAUCGACGGCGGACGGGUUAUCAUGCGAGGUAGCUGGGUUGCAGAAUCGUAUACGCCGCUCAAAAGACUACGCCAGCCUAGCGACAUCUAUAUCCAUAAGAACCGUCUUUCUGGAUUCUGGGGAGGAACAAGCGUUGAGGAGGCUCUGACUUCUCAAGGGAUAAGGACACUGCUCUUCGCUGGCGCAAACGUCGAUCAGUGUGUCGGAAGCAGCUUGCAGGAUGCGUUGAUGAAGGGCUGGGAUUGUCUCCUUCUGAGCGAUGGGUGUGCUACGACGAGCCCAGAUUACUGCCGGCAGUGCAUCGAGUAUAAUGCCGGGGAUGGAUGGGGCUUUAUGCUCUCGUGUGAGCAGCUGGCCAGGGCGGCUGAGAAUAUACGAUUCUUGCCGGACAAGUCAGUCUAG